GUUUAUGGAAAAUAUAUUUAGUUGCUUUUAACACUUAACUUACCUAAUUAGAUACCCUCAAUUUGUAUAAAAAGCAAUCUAAAAGUGGUCACCCACUGCAGUAGUUUAAGUCAAGUACUGGGGAACAUUACUAUACGGAUAAAACUUGUUCGAAAAUUUUAAAUAGCGGCAAUGAAGACAUUUCUGAAUUUGGUGUUGCUAUUCAUGAUUAGUACAAGUCGAGCUUUACCAGAAAACUCAUCGGCGGAAGAAGAUCCCGAAGAAAUAGCGGGCUUAUUCGAAGGUGAUAUAGUAUUACAACUCUCAGAGCGUAGUUGUAUGCGCAGUGAAGAUCACCAUUGGCCCCAUGGUAAAGUCUAUUAUAAGUUUAGCGAAGGAUCUUUCGAUCAAGUACAAACAUCAUUUAUUAAAGGUGCCAUGAAAACCAUAGAAGAUGUUUCGUGCGUCCGGUUUAUUGAGGCCGACGAUUACCAGCCAUAUUUUCUCAACAUUACGGCCAUGAAUCGCGGUUGUUAUGCAACUGUCGGUUUUUGGAACAAGAUUCAAUCAUUUAAUCUAAAAUCGUACCCAAUCGGUGAAGGCUGCUACCGCCCGGGCACUAUAGUGCAUGAAUUGUUACACUCUCUCGGUUUCUAUCACAUGCAGAAUGCUUAUAAUCGUAAUAAAUAUGUUCGAGUUGUUCGGAAAAAUAUUAAAAAGGGCCAUGAGCAUAAUUUUAGAAAAUACCCCAAAAGGUUAUCCAGUAAUUUUGGUCAAAAAUACGAUUAUGGUAGUAUAAUGCAUUAUUCGCCUCAUGCUUUUUCGAUAAAUGGUAAAAAGACUUUAGAGCCAUUGACGAAAUUACCGAAGGGUCUAUUGGGUCAGCGCAAGGGUUUUAGCGAAUAUGACAAAAAAAAGUUGAAUAAAAUGUAUGGCUGCAGUAAGAAAAAGAAAAAUUACACACAUGAGUGACUUUAAAACACUGUGGUUUUAUAUAUAAUAGAAAUUUCAAUGGUUUUUUAAUUUUUUUUAUUCGAUGUCAAUAACGUUUACCCAGAAAUUCAUUUAAAUUGUUUGUUUAAAAGUUAGAACUCUGCAAAUAUGCCAGAAACUGGGUACUGUCAAUUACCUUAGUAAAGAAAUUGUAUGUGAACGAAUUCAAGCCAUAUAAUUUUUAAUAUACAGGAUGUUAUCAAAA